ACGAUCUCUGCGUCCUCCCAAUGCCACCCAAACGCCCAAAGUAUCGUCAUAACGGCGUAACGUAACCAACCAAGAGUACAGAAAGCCUAAGAAACACGCUUUAACGGCGCGCUUUACAGUUAAACACCAAAUCCAGCCAUCUGUUCUCCUAUAUAAACACACGCUCUUUCUGAUACCGAGUUAAAAUUGCUGUGGAGGACAACUCUUUAUUUUAAUUUUCCUCAUUUUGUGAGGAGGUAGAUCUCUUAUUUGCUCUUGGCUCUUAUCUCAGACCUGUAAGGAUGGGGUUGUCUUUCACUAAGUUGUUCAGCCGACUGUUUGCUAAGAAAGAGAUGCGUAUUCUGAUGGUGGGUCUUGAUGCUGCUGGUAAGACCACCAUUCUCUACAAGCUCAAGCUUGGAGAGAUUGUCACCACCAUCCCUACCAUUGGAUUUAAUGUGGAGACUGUUGAGUACAAGAACAUUAGCUUCACUGUUUGGGAUGUUGGUGGUCAGGACAAGAUUCGACCUUUGUGGAGACAUUACUUCCAAAACACACAAGGGCUGAUCUUUGUGGUCGAUAGCAAUGACAGAGACCGUGUGGUUGAAGCUAGGGAUGAGCUACACAGGAUGUUGAAUGAGGAUGAGUUAAGGGAUGCUGUACUGCUUGUUUUUGCAAACAAGCAAGAUCUUCCAAAUGCAAUGAAUGCUGCUGAAAUAACUGAUAAGCUUGGCCUUCACUCUCUCCGUCAACGCCACUGGUACAUUCAGAGCACAUGUGCCACUUCUGGUGAAGGACUGUAUGAGGGACUGGACUGGCUCUCAAACAACAUUGCAAAUAAGGCAUAGACGGCAUAAUUCUCGAGUUUUCAAUCGCAACAAGUGCUGGAAUACACAGUUGAUAGUGCUCUUUUGGGUUCUGAAUUUUUUUUUUUUUUAUAAUCUUUAGCGGUUGUACCUCUUUAACCGUGUUUCUCAUUUCUCUUAAACAUUGCAAUUUGUUUUCUGUAGCUUCAGAAUAAUUCAUAAAUUUCCAUUGUUCUUCACAGAUUAGUUGCAUUUUUUUUGGGAUGUUUUUCAAGGUAAUGGAUUUUGAGACAUUUUUUCCCCUUA